AUGGUCUUUGUCGAAAGGGAAAAGUUCCUUCACUCUAUGAACCGUAUGUUCCAGAACAAUCGAGAGGGGACUGUACGAAUGUCGGUGAAGCCAUACGAUGGACAGGACAGGCCAAUGCCUAAAGAUGGAAGCAAAAAGAAGUGGACAAGUGAAAAGCUAGUCCUUAUAAGGUUGACGUCGGAGAAGGAAAAAAUUUCUACUGUGAUCGAACAUGAACUGCCUCCCCAAAAGACCGACUCAGAAAAAGAAGAAGAAGACGACAGACAACUAGAAAGCUCUUCCGACUCAAGCUGUGACUACCCCCUCUUUUCUUUCGUCUUUUAA